AUGGCGACAAGAAGAAAUCCAUCACGAGCUGCUGGGACCCACCCCGUCCCAGAUCAGAGUCAAAACCACCCACCUGAGAGCGGCCCCGUAGGGGGUCACCCCCCAAAUCCCUCGCCACCUCAGGAUCGUGUCGCCCAGCUAGAGGGACAGGUCCAACAUCUGACGGAAUUGCUCAACACCUUUUUGGCCCAACAGCAGCCCCCGGAGAUGAGACCGGUGGAACACUCUAAUCAUGAUAGUCGACAUCAGGGGGAUCGUCACUCUAGUCAUAGAGAAUUCCGAGGAGGCGAAUCCCCCCGCGCUGGGAAGGAGUCCCAUCGGGACGAGAGACGGAGCGGACCCUCUAGGCGAAGCGAGUACGAGAAGCUAGGCUCGGAGGAGGAGGAGGAGUCCUCUGGUCCCGAUUAUGCCCGGGCUGGAGGGGCUCAGCGAGAAAGACGUUUGCGGCAUUUGGAGAGGGAGGUUGCAGAGUUGAGACGGAGGGAAGAAGAGCCACACGACAUUGUUUCUAAUCAGCCAUUAAGUCGGGAGAUCAUGGCAAUUACCCCAUCCGAGCGCCUUCGAAUCCCAGCUAUUAAGCCAUAUGGAGGCACAACUGACCCCGCUGAUCACUUAAAUCUCUUCGCCUCUCACAUGAUGGUCCAGGCGGCACCUGAUGCUAUGUGGUGCAGAGUCUUCCCAGCCACUUUGGAAGGACAUGCACGGUCCUGGUAUUCAAGUCUGGCACAUCGGUCGAUCGCUAACUUCGGACAGCUUCGGAAUAGGUUCUUGGCUCACUUCGCUCCCCUAAGGAGGCACCGGAGGUCUACCAUGACCCUCGUGAAUCUCAAGCAGAACCAAGGAGAAUCGUUAACAGAUUUUGUGGCCAGGUUUAAUAUGGAGGCAUUGAGCAUUGAGAAUCUUGAUCAGAGUAUCGCUAUGGUGGCCUUUCAGAAUGCCUUGAGGGUUGGCCCUUUUACCCAGUCACUAGCUAAGAGGCCUCCCCAAACAUUCACAGAGAUCCUGAGCCGAGCCACCAAGUACAUUAAUGCCGAGGAGGUGAUGCGGGUCAAGAAGAGUGAAUACUCAGAUAAGAAAGAGAAGAGAAGUCAGAACCGAGAGCAAAGGCCUGAAGAUAAAUCGGGCCGACGGGGGGAGAGGUCGGGCUCUCGAUGGAGUCCAGUCAGGUUCACCCUACUUAAUACUCCUCGGGCUGAGAUCCUGGCCACAAUCGAGAAUAAGGAUUACUUGAAAAAACCGAGACCCAUGAAAGCCCCGGGUAACAAGCGGAGUAAAGACAAGUAUUGUCGAUUCCAUCGAGAUCAUGGACAUGACACGGAGGAGUGCCAUCAACUCAAAGAAGAGAUCCAGGAGCUCAUCAAUCGAGGUUUCCUGAGGAGGUUUGUAGCUAAGGAUACAGAACCACAAAGGGGUGAACGAAGGGGAUCGGGGAGCCCCCAUCGCAGGCGCGGUAGAUCUCAGGAACGACGCAGAACCAGAACCCCGCCCCGGAGACAGAAUCACCAGGGGGAUGGGAGUCCUCCGCAACAGUUGAUUUUUCAUACUCUAGCGGCUGGGGUGGUGCCAGGCAAAGAGUUGGGGGAGAGUUCUGAUCUGCAUCGACGUCCGGGAGUCAAAAGGGCUCGACCAGGGGACGUUAUCUCCUUUACCGAUGAGGACUUGCCCGGAUAUCCAGUUUCUAAUGAUCCGCUAGUCAUCACAGCAAAAUUGGGAAAAUGGGAGCUUCGGCGGAUUCUCGUGGACCCGGGGAGCUCUUCUGAAGUUUUAUAUCGGCGAGCCUUUUUAGGUAUGGGAUACAAAAUGGAACAGUUGAAGCCCGCUCGUGUCCCCUUGAUUGGAUUCGACGGGGAAGUGGUAUAUGCGGAUGGUGUCUUCCAGCUCUUGUUGACCCUUGGAAAGGGUUCUCGGUUUGCCCAGGUCAUGUUAGACAUUUUGGUAGCGGAUGUCCCCUCGGCCUACAAUAUGAUCCUCGGAAGAUCGGGGCUAAAUGCUCUGCGGGCUGUGCCGAGUACUUAUCACAUGGUGCUGAAGUUCCCCACUGCGGCGGGGGUUGGAGAAGUCAGAGGAGACCUAAGGUCUGCCCGGGAAUGUUACAUGGCAUCCAUCAGCACAGCUAAGGGUGUUGUGCAUGAGCAGUUAGAGCCGCAAGAGGAUUCAAGACGGAGACGGAGCCCUACUGUGGGGGGGGGUCGGGAUUUCCCCUCCCGCCAUUGUCAGUUUUUUACUAGAAGGUCCAGAAGACCCAAAGACUGCUGA